AGCCGGGACCGCGGUCGGGAGCCGGAGUCGCGCUCGGCGGGCUGGGACGCUGGCGCUCCGCAGACUCCACGGGGUCCCCGCCGGCGAAGGGUGCUCGGAGCGGGGAGCUGCUCGCCUAGCUUUCCCCGCCCGAUGUCGCCGUCCGGCUGCUGAUCGAGUCCCCCAGCCGAUCCCGCUCCGCUGUGGGGCUACGGAGGUCCCGGGAGAGGCAGGAAGGCUCCUUCGCAGAGUGGGAAUGGAGGUAAACUGUCUAACACUAAAAGACCUGAUCAGCAGGCCGCCCAGACUAGAUUUUGCAAUUGAAGAUGGGGAAAAUGCACAAAAGGAAAAUAUAUUUGUUGAUCUCUCAAGGAUGGCCCCAAAGACGCCAAUAAAAAAUGAACCAAUUGACUUAUCGAAGCAAAAAAUCUUCACUCCAGAAAGAAAUCCCAUCACUCCGGUUAAGCUUGUGGACAGACAGCAGGCAGAACCAUGGACGCCCACCGCUAACCUGAAGAUCCUCAUUAGUGCUGCCAGCCCAGACAUGAGAGACCGGGAGAAGAAAAAGGGACUGUUCAGGCCCAUUGAGAACAAGGAUGAUGCGUUUACAGGCUCUCUGCAGCUUGAUGCUGUGGAUGACAGUGCUGUGGAUGAGUUUGAAAAGCAAAGGCCAAGCAGAAAACAGAAAAGCUUAGGGCUCCUGUGCCAGAAGUUUCUCGCUCGCUAUCCAAGUUACCCUCUGUCAACUGAGAAAACUACCAUCUCCCUAGAUGAAGUUGCCAUCAGUCUCGGCGUUGAAAGGAGACGCAUCUAUGACAUUGUAAAUGUGCUGGAGUCGCUGCAUCUGGUCAGCCGGGUGGCCAAGAAUCAGUAUGGCUGGCACGGUAGGCACAGCCUGCCGAAAACCCUAAGGAACCUCCAGAGGUUAGGAGAGGAGCAGAAAUACGAGGAGCAGAUGGCACACCUCCAGCAGAAAGAGCUCGACCUGAUGGAUUAUAAAUUCGGAGAACGCAGAAGAGAUGGCUGUCCCGAUUCCCAAGAUCCACAGUUACUGGAUUUCUCCGAACCAGACUGUCCCUCCUCAUCUGCAAACAGUCGGAAAGACAAGUCUCUGAGAAUUAUGAGCCAGAAGUUUGUCAUGCUGUUCCUGGUCUCCAAAACCAAGAUUGUUACUCUUGAUGUGGCUGCCAAAAUACUGAUAGAGGAAAGCCAAGAUACGCCGGACCAUAGUAAAUUUAAAACAAAGGUACGCCGCCUCUAUGACAUAGCCAAUGUGCUGACCAGCUUGGCGCUGAUAAAGAAAGUACAUGUCACGGAAGAUCGAGGCCGGAAACCUGCCUUCAAGUGGAUCGGGCCUGUGGAUUUCAGCUCCACGGAUGACGAUCUCGUGGAUGUUUCUACACCUGUCCUACCAGAAUUGAAAAAAGAAAUAUAUGGCCACGUUCAGUUCUGUGCAAAACAGAAGCUUGCUCGACACAGCUCUUUUAACUCAGAGCAGGCUUCCGAGAAGAUACAGAGGAAAGUGAACUCAGAACCCAGCAGCCCUUACAGACAAAAACAAGGAUCAGGAAUCUACUCCUUGGAAAUUGGAAGUCUGGCAGCUGUCUCCAGACAGAAAAUGGAAGACAACUCAGAGGUGGCAGCUUUUGCCAGUCAGAACGCGAUGCCUCUGUCGAGCAGCCUGGACCCUGCAGCUCCUCUCCCCAGCCCGUCCGUUGACUCAGAAUACCGUGUUAGCCCCUUGUCCCACCAAGUCCUCUCUGCGGCCCAAACAGACUUGAAGGCCUUGCCCGCCCAGAAUGGUCUGAACGGCCAAGGAGGCGUCUCCCUGGCCUCCGCGGCGCCGGACGCGGAGCACCAGCCGCCGGCCCUGGCGGCUGCCCGGCCCCUGCUGUACGUGCCGCCCGCCCCUCUGUUCAUGCUGUGCGGGGGCCUGCAGGAGGGACCGUCUCUGGGGUCAGGCUCGGGAUCAGGAGGCGGCGGCGGAGGCUCUGAGGUCACCGCAGCAGAGCAGCCCCCCAUGCCCUCAGGUCAGAAGCGCCUGAGCAAGGAGAGGAAGCCGCAGGUGGAGGAGGAGGAGCCAGCCACCAAGAGACAAAGCAGGGACCACGAGGACGGUCCCCUCUCCCUUGUCAUGCCCAAGAAACCUUCAGACUCCACAGACAUCGCCUCUCCCAAGACCUCAAAAAACAGGGGAUCUGCACCCCAUGAAGACACUCACAUGAACGGGCAACUUUCUGCAGCAAAAGCAGUUUCGGGAAAGGCUACCACAAACGGCUUCGUCUCUUCUGAGUGGGGAAAUCCUUCUAGAAAUACAGAGAUAGAAAAGCCUUCGAAGGAAAACGAGAGCACCAAAGAGCCGUCUCCGCUGCAAUACGUUUAUGUGCAGUCUCCAGCAGGAUUAAAUGGUUUCAGUGUGCUCCUGUCUGGCAGUCAGAGCCCCCAUGCUGUGGGGCUGCCUGUGGGUCCGCUGCCCCCACUCAGCGUUCCGUGCAUGGUCUUGCCCUCGCCACCUCUCGGUGCUUUUCCUGUUCUGUACUCCCCCACGAUGCCCGGGCCGGUGUCCUCUGCUCCCAGCCCUCUCCCGAACGCGGGACCUGUGAAUUUUGGCUUGACUAGCCUCGGAUCAACACCUCAUCUUCUCAUCGGCCCUGCCGCCCUGGUUAAUCCAAAGUCGUCCACACUCCCCUCCACGGACCCUCAGCUUCAGGGUCCAUGCUCACUUCACCUGAGUCCGGUGAUGUCAAGGUCCCAUGGCAGCGUCCAGCCUGGAUCCCCCGCUUAUAGAGGUCACCCAGCCUCCACGGUCAAACUACAGCAGUCUCCAGUUCCAGUGACCCCCAAGAGCAUCCGGUGCACACACCAAGAGAUGUUUUUCAAGACGCCUGGCAGCCUCGGGGACCCUGUCCUCAGGAGAAGAGAAAGGAAUCAGUCACGAAGCUCCAGCUCAGCACAGAGGAGACUGGAAAUCCCCAGCGGGGGCGCCGACUAACCUGAGGCUUCGCCCAGCAGAAGUGAGGAUCCAGGCACCUUUGUCUCUAAUGCUGAACCGCAACCAGCAUGCAUGCUUCCUCUCCCCUGCAUCCCCUGGUUCUAAUGUUAACUCUCCAUCCUCGUGAAGCAUCUACAUUCCUGCAAGUAAUUGUUCCCAAUUGGGCAUUUCAUACCAGUUAGUGUCCGACUCUACGUGGUAUCACAGUGGAAGCAUCAGCUGACUUCUGUCAUUUUCAUCUAGGAAUCAUCUGAUUGCUGGAAGGAAAUCUGAAUAGCCUCCUGGAACCUUGCGGUUUUUCUAAAGGGGAGGGGCGCGUCUAGCACUUAAGUGGGGUGAAUGUUCUUGAUGUGUAUUAGCACUCACCCCGAGUAGAUCUGUGGUGAGAGAAACUUCCUUUCUGCAGUUUAAAAAAGCUACUGCUUCCUUCGGCUUCAUCAGGAAGCCAGCUUCAGUUGUGAAUCCUAUGGUAUUAUUUAUUUUGUUCAUGAAGUGGGAUUUCGUGCAAAAAAGUUUACAUCGACAGCAAAACACAUAUUUUUCAGGGUAUGACGACUUGAAUGUUUGUCCUUUUUCCCUAUAAUUUGCCCUGCACUUACUUUACAACCUAGUAAUAAUGUGGAUGAAUAUAUCUACAUGACGGAAUGUCAAGACCAAAAUAACUGUGAAUGACACACGUUGCUAUAAUGAACUGUGCUAACCCAACCUGGGCGUGAGAAUUACGAUGAACUCUAGCAGCCAGAUAGCUGCUGCUCAAUAACUGUGUGGACAGUGAGGUUUUAGUGAUCAUUUGUUCAAAAACAAAAACAAAACAAACCUACCAUGUUCAUUUUCCUUCACUACGUGCCCUGGUGGUUUUUUAUUUAAAUGUUAACUGUAGAGUAUCAGGUAUGGGAUGUCUUCUAGCAGUUGCUUUUUAUUGAAUAAAUCAGGAUGGUAGAAAGCAAUUCUACAGAAAAUUGAGACCGAGUUGGGAUGUUUUAGUAGAAUUCUGGAGAAUGACAAUGUAAAGAUUGAUAUAGGACAAUAGAUGAUGCUUUUUUUUUUUUUUUUUUACUUGUUUCUUCAUGUUGGGAAGAGUAAGAGGGAAAACAGACACAUUAUGUUUAGAAUCCCAAAGUAUUCAAACCAGAGUGAUUUUUUCAUAGAAGUUCUGCAAAAUGAGAACAGAGAGUGCAGGGGAUCGUUGUUCUAGCAUAAAUGCAAUUCUAGAGACUUAUCAGUAUCCCUUUGUUAAACUGUGUUCCUUGAGGGUUUCAUUAAGUAGCCAAGCUAGAUCUUUGCUGCCUAGAUGUGUUGAUCUUUACCUUGUGGUCUCUUCAGAACAGAUGGCUUCCUCCUUCCCCCACAACCCUGCCUCCCUCUCCCCCUUCAUUUUCCCCUCCUCUCCU